AUGGCGCUGUGUUUGACUACAGUAAAAACGUCUAUCCGCGGAUUUAGGCAAAUUACGGCGUUUAGAGAUAUUUUUUGUCGGUGCUACUGUGCUACAUCAUCUACCGUGAGAUUUUCACUCGAACAAAAUGUAGGCUCGUCCCCAGCUGAUGUAUCUGUGAAAGGUUGGAUACAGUCUUUGAGAUCACAUAAAGAUAUAACAUUUAUAGACAUCAGAGAUGGAUCCUGUUUGCAAACUUUACAAGUUAUACUUCCAUCAAAUGUCAUUUCCAGUGAUUUGACAUAUGGAAGUUCAGUUGAAGUUAGAGGGCAGUUGUUACAAAGCUCUCAUAAAGGUCAAUCAGUUGAGAUGCAUGCUACUGAUAUAAAUAUGAUUGGUACAUGUGACAGUGAGGUUUAUCCAAUUAAAGUUAAAACCAGGCAUUCAUUUGAAUAUCUCAGACAGUACCCACAUCUAAGAUGUCGUACCAAUGCAUUUGGUUCGUUGCUGAGAGUGAGGAAUGCCGCAACUAUGCUGAUACAUUCAUACUUUCAAGACAACAGUUUCAUUCAUAUAAAUACACCCAUUAUAACAUCCAAUGAUUGUGAAGGCGCUGGAGAACUUUUCAAAAUAGAGCCAGAGAAGCAAGUUGAUGAAAGUUCAGAAUCUGAAGAAUGUAAGCAUUUUUUUGAUGUACCUGUGUAUUUGACUGUAUCUGGGCAGUUACAGCUAGAGGCUAUGGCAAGUGGUUUAUCUAAAGUGUAUACAUUUGGGCCAACAUUUAGAGCUGAGAAUUCACAAACACGUAAACAUUUGGCAGAGUUUUAUAUGGUUGAAGCAGAAGUAGCGUUCACACAAAGCCUUGAAGAUAUAAUGCAGAUAAUGGAAGGUUGUGUGAAAUGUGUCACAAAUAGAAUUAUUGAACAGUGCCCUCAUGAGGUGGAGCUGUUUCAUAAACACGUAGCAGCAUCAAACCACAAGGAUUUAUUGAAGAAAAUUCUUGAUAAAACAUACAAAAGGAUUACAUACUCAGAUGCAAUAAAUAUCCUUCAAAAAAAGAAAGGUUUUGAGUUUCCAACUCAGUGGGGUUGUGAUCUUCAAAGUGAACAUGAAAAAUACCUCGUCAAGUAUUUCAACAAUGUGCCAGUAUUUGUUACAGAUUACCCAGCAUGCCUCAAACCAUUCUAUGCAAGAGACAAUCAAGAUAGCCCAAACACAGUAGCAGCUGUUGAUUUACUAAUGCCUGUGAUUGGUGAGUUGUUUGGUGGAAGUCUUAGAGAAGAAAGACUAGAUGUUUUACAGAAUAAUUUAACAACACAAGGACAGGCUUCAGAAUAUGAAUGGUAUCUUGAUUUACGGAAACAUGGAUCAGUACCACAUGGUGGAUUUGGUAUGGGAUUUGAAAGAUUCUUGCAAUGCAUUCUGGGUAUAGAUAACAUCAAGGACACUAUCCCAUUUCCAAGAUUUCCACAUUCUUGUUUACUUUAACCUUACAUUAUUA